AUGGUGCAUGGCUAUGAUAAAGAGAAUGCAAUGGAAGGAUUAAAACCCAAGGAUACUACACAAUGGGAAAUUGCCUGCUAUAAAGCUAAAGAGAAUCUGGAAAAAUUGGUGACAGAGGACUUGCAUAAAUCUUAUUCGGCAAAUCACUGGGAAGCUAUAACGGAAUUUUUUAAAUACUAG